AUGAUUCAAAAGUAUGAUAUUCAAGAGGAAAGUUGGCUCAAGUGGUUAUAUGGUUGUCGCACUCAAUGGGUUGAUGCAUACAUAGCUGAUAGGCUCACAGCCGGCAUGAAAACCACAAAACGAAGUGAAGGGUUCAAUCAUUAUUUAAAGAUUUAUGUCACUUCUGGAACAUGUUUGACAAAAUUCAUGAAUGCUAUUGAAAAGUUGCAAAACAAGAAGUUCAUCAAAGAAAAAGAGAAAGACAGUAAAAAUCUUACAUCCACACCUGUUUUAAAGGUUGCCCUUCUUAUCGAGGAGCAUGUAGCAAAGAUAUAUACUCAGAAAGUUUUUGGAAAGUUACAAGAAGAGGUGGUAAGGUCCUCAAAUUGCCUUACUAAAUUAAUAGAAGGCGAUGAUGAAUUUGUCAAAUACAAGGUGGAAGACAUUUGUGGUGUGCCUAUCCCUCAGACAGUUACAUUCAUUGAAUCAAGGAUGAAGUGUAUAUGCACAUGUCAGUUCUUUGAGCGUGUUGGAAUCCCUUGUUCGCAUAUGCUUAAAGUGCUCAACAUGAGAAAUGUAUUGAAGAUUCCAUCUAACUACAUUUUGAGCCGGUGGACAAUGGAGGCAAAGAAGGGGGUCAAAGACAAAUGUGGUGGUCUUAGUUCGACUUCAUCUAAAUUUCUGAGGUUUAUUCGACAUUAUGAGCUUUAUGACAUUCUGAGAACAAUUGUAGAAGCAUUAGAAGGUGAUGUUCUAUUUGAAAAAGUGAAAUUGGGUUUAUGUAAAUUAGCUGAAGAUGUCCAUGCAACAAGAGAGCAUUUGUCAAAUAUUCUUACACCAUCACCCUCCACUCAUUGCAAUGUCGCUGACGAUGAAGUAUAUGGCUGCAAUAGAUCAGUUGAUGCCUCCCCCCUUGUACUUGAUCCACCAUGUGCACGAGCAGUUAGACGACCAAGGAUUAAAAGGAGGAAACCUUCAUGGGAGAAGGGUAAAAGGCUUCUAUGUAAAAACACAGUCGGAGGAAAAGCCACCUACUGA